AUGGCAGCUUGGGCUGGACACUGUUUUCACACAGCAAAAAGUAAAGGCAUUCGGCAUUUCUUUGUCAAGGACAUGUUGUACUGGUUGCGACAUGCGGAUGACGAAGUCCGCGUCCAAAUCUGUCGGGCUUUUAGCAGGUGCACGACUGCAUUGCUGGGGAGGUUCAACAUUGCCUGUGCACAAGCGCUUGCAGAAGCAUGUGGGGCCGACAGCAGUGAAGAUUGUCGGAGCAGUGCAUUGCAGGCAUUGAAGCUGUUUGCUGAGAUGGACACAACGCUGUACCAGAAGAUCCGUGCAUGCCUUCUUUCGGCAUACCGGGCUCGAAGAGGCUUGUACUGUAAAGACAUCUCAGAGCUGAUCGCUGCUAUGGAUGUGCAGGCGGGGAUUCGAGCAGCGCAGGAGCUUUGGCAUGCUUCAAUGGGUAUCGUGAGCAACUCCAUUGCCCUGACUGUAUCGAGUUUUUCCAGCUUCCAGCAGCUCGUUAACGAUCCUUUCGGGGCAUGCGCAAGGGUGGAGAUUGUUGAGACCACAAUGCUGCCAGCCUUCUCUACCCAGCCAAGGCUGGUGCUUGCCCCAGCUCUGGACGAUGCGGUGUGA